AGUGGCUAAGUAAUAAUAGGACGGCCUCUUGAUGAUAAAAUGUACAUAAAACGCCACAUCCGGAUAUUUACGGAUUACAACAACGCGUUAAUAUACGGAUGAAUUUUGACCCUUUUGGUUUACCAUAGAGCAACGAUGUUCGGCUGCGGUCUUUUACCUUACCUAGGAGGACGUGGUUACUUUUUGACGGACAUGUCAGCUGUUAUCAAACAGUAGCAGCUCUUCAGCUCAGUUCCGGAUUAUUCGUUGCAGUCUGGACCUGUCCUGUUUUGUGGAUGAGCCAAACCACACUGAGAUGUCAUUUGGGCUACAUGAAGCUUAACGAACAAAGAAAGAAACGCAAAUACAGGGAACCUUUGAACAACAAAAAGAGACACUCUAAAGACCGAUGCACAACUCUGGAAAGCACAAUGGGGCAACAAUAUAUGGCUUUCGCAUGGUUCAGAAAGAGCAACUGGAAUCGCUAUUCUGAGGGACUCUUUCAAUGGGGCUAUUUUACACUCUGAAGGUAUCAAGAGCAGAGCUGCAACGCCUUUGUUCACAAGACGAAGAUGUCACUGCUCUUAAUCCUUUUAAACAAACACUUUUAAAUGUUGAUCUGAACAGACCUCAGUUUUUAUUUUGGUUGCCACCAGGUUCAACUCUUUUUCAUCAAUGCCUCGAUGGAAGAUUUUCUUCAGCCAGCGCCUGCGAUGGUCCAGCUCUUUGACUCAAGCCCUCACCCUGUUUGUCGUCACGUUCUGCGUCAUCCUUCCUCUGUGCUGCCACCGGCUGCUCUACUCCUACUACUUCUUCAGGUUCAUGUACCUAAACUCCAUGAGCGAGGAGGUCCUGCAGAAGAGCCUUGAGCGAGGCCAGGAUGCUCUACGCUUCUGGCAGAACAGCUCGCUACUGGACUCGACCAGAUUCAGCGACGUCGCCCAAAAUCCAGAGCUGCUGGUGACUGUGGUGACGGCCAGGCGGAACGAAGCGCGGGAUUUCCACUACCUGCUCCAGGUGAUGAGGCAGAUCAGCAGCAUUGCGGACAGCUGUGGGGAGCAGCGAUGUGCCGAGGUUAUGCUCUGUGACGUAGAGAGCGGCCCUCAGGAAAACGAGGAUGCCAAGCUGCUGGGGGCCCACUUCAAGGUGAUCCGCCGUUCAGCUCAAGAGCAGCAGACCAACAUGGGACGAAUCAAUACCUUUGAGAAGGAGAAGAAGGAUUACGUGUUCUGUCUCCGCCAGGGAUGGGAGCUGGUUAAGCCCAAAAACAUGAUUAUCCUGGAGGAUGAUGCCCUACCUAGACAGGACUUUUUCCAAGUGGUAAAGGAUCUGCUGUCUCGUCGGUUUGCCGUCCACACGCUGUACAUCAAGCUGUAUCACCCAGAAAGGCUGCAGCGCUACUGGAACCCUGAGCCAUACCGCAUUCUGGAGUGGGUGGGGCUUGGUUUGGUGGGAGCUACAGCUCUCCUCCUCACUAUACCUUACUGGAACCCCUGCUCCUUCUCCUUCACUCUGUCAGCCACCCAUCUCAUCUUCUUCACCCUCUAUUUUAUGAUUGCUGCUGAGCUAAUAGGUAGACACUACCUCCUGGAGGUUCGGAGAAUUUCCCCACAGCUCUAUGCUGUCUCUCCGGCCACUGAGUGCUGCACCCCGGCCAUGCUUUUCCCGGGCAACGCCUCGCUAAGGGCGGCGGAUCUUCUGGAUGCCUCAUUCUGUUAUAAAGGGAACGCCAAGGAUGUGGUUCUUUAUCGGAUGGCCAAGACCUCUCCUGAAGAAAGAUCCCACAGUGUGGAACCCAACCUCGUCACUCACAUUGGGGCCUUUUCCUCAGUCCGGCCCAACCCAUCCAGACCCAAACUCCUUUAAAAGAACCAGGAAGAGGCGAGGUAGCCAUGCCCCUCUUCUCUUGGGUUUUCUAUUUUCGUCAAAUUUGGAAAUCUAAAGCAGGACUCUGGGAUUGUGGGUUCGGGAAUGUUCACGUGAAUGUUUAGAUACUUGGGUGACAAUGUUCUAGCUUUGUAUGGAAGCGUUUUACUUUCACUGAUUUGUUCUUUUUUAAUUUGAGUUUCUGUGUUUCAGACCUGGUUUAGAAACCACAGUAAGUUAGUUUCAGGUGUUUUCAUUGGGGUAAAAAUAACAAGAAAAAGCUGUCUGUCAUAUAGGAUACAAUACAACUGAAUCUACCAGCAGUGGGUCCUUUGGAGUUAUUUUGGUUUGAUCCUGGAUCCUACUCUGCCAUGGUUCUGCAGGUCUACUGGCCCAAACGGGGAACAGAAUCACCGGAAAUGGAAAUAGAAUUUUGCAAAGUCUAAAUUAAUGUUCUCAUGAGAUUUGAGUGUUUUCAUGAUUUAUUUUCAUGUUUUAUAAAAAAAAGAGAAAAACUGAACUAUAUGUUAACUAGAUGGUUAAGUACAUGAGUACUAAACGGUUUGUUUGUGAAUAGUGGGUAGAAAAUGAAGGUAAACUGACCCUGAUCUGUUUUUUAUAACCUUGUGUUUGCUGAUUGAGUUGCUUUUGUAAUGCUUUUACUGUGGGACCAGACUAAACGUUACAUCCUGAUGCUGGAAAUCUUUGGGAAUCUGUUGAUUUAACUUACUGAUGUUUAGCUGUUGAAUUGUGUGAACUCACUUGACCUCUUUGAAAUGUAGUUGUUCUGUUUAAAGUUAUUGAAAACAUUAGAUUGUAUGACUAGAAGAGGAGAUAUCUUUUUUAUUUUCUUACUGUUUUUCUGCACACUAUUAAAAUUAAAAUCUGGGAAUUUUAAUUACAAAUUAUAUUUUCUAUAAAAUCAUUAAUUUCAUGGUUUGUAUUAAGACUGAUUAUGAUGGGGGACAACAUGUUUUAGCUUUGAACUGCAGGCAGAAUGCUGUAAAACCAAGCAUAUCAGGGGGUUAGCUGUAUCUUAGAUAAUUAUAUGAAUGAGAAAGAAAAAAAUUCUUCGUUUUUUAAAUGGUAAAAAAUAAAGACAGUUGUAGGAUUUCAUCUUAAUGUUUCUGCAACAAACUGAGUGUCAUCUUUAAUUUGACGGUGCUCAUGAGCUUUAAAAUGAUUGAAUAAAUCAUUCUGCUAUUUUUCAUUUAUUCUUUAACUUAUGAAUGUACGUACUCUGCUGAUAUUGCUGCCAAAAUUCUCGUGGAAUAAGUUGAAACAAUCUUUUUUUCACACUUUUCCUGGAUCACAGGAGGAGGAUCCAGAGGCAUUCCUGCUUUCAUUGUGUAGAGGUGGACAGGGACAUAGUCAAAAACCAGGAAGACAGCUGUUUGAGUUCAAACAAAUGUCUCGCAAAAGUAUUCCCACCUCUUAAACUUUCCCAAAUUUGUCACAUUGUAACUAUGAACUUUGAUGUGUUUUAUUUGUAUUUUAUGGGAUAGACCAACACAAAGACAUUAUUAUAAAGAAGGAAAAUAUUUCUCUAGUAAUAAAUAUCUGAAAUGUGGGUUGUGCAUUUAUUACACAACCCCCCACCGUCAAGCAUGCUGUGUUUCCCAGCUGCUGGACCCCUGACUUAAAUAAAAGGGUGAUCAACAGCCUUCUGCAGCACUUAGCAUGCUGAUAGCAUGCUGAGGAGAUAAUGCAAUCAUUUAUAUGGUGUGUGCAGAGUGGUGUGCAGCCUUAGUUUUCCUCCCUGCAUAGCGUUUAAUACUUGGUCAUAAGAUUUGGUUUUUGUUUCAUCGGUCCAGAACAGUAUAAAGGGCACUAAAUACAAAUAGGUGCUGCACCUUUUCAGUUGCACCUUCCAUUUCACAAUUCUGUGUUACUUUGUGUUGAUCUAUCACAUCAAAUCCCCUAAAAUAUGUUGAGUUUCUUGGUUGAAAGCUGACAAAAUGUGGAAAAAGGGGGUACUUCUGCAAGAUACUAUAGUCUACUUCCCAGCAGAAAAAUCUGUUCAUAUCCAUGAAAUCCACUGUUCUUCUAAACUUCAUUUGCCACCAAGCCACGAUGUCACUGACCCCUCAGCAUCACUCAGUGUGCCUUAGAUGUGCCUACUAUAGUCAUGGCCUUUUAUUAGAAUUCGCUCAAUGGGAUUCUCCUAGGUUGUUCUUGACCUUUAUGUACCUUAAACAAAUUAGACAUUUGUUCUUGACGUGAAUGACGUGUGUUUAUCUGUACACACGUCAUUCACUUAAUGAUGAAGGGGAAAAAGGUUUCUGAAAUGAAAAAAAUCACAGUUAUUUCUUUAAAGAAUUACUGACGAGGAUCUUUGCUGGAUUGUUGCUAAAAACAUAUCACUCAGAUGUAUAUUUUGUGAUUUUAUAUUCAUUUUAUAAGCUUGUUGCAGGAAAUGUCCUGUACCAAAAUUGCUGCCUUUUAUUAUAAAAAUUAUAAAAAUAAAAAAGUCGGGACUCUGGCUGGGCUGUUCCAAAACGGAAAUAUUAUUUCCAGUCAGAAAAAACGUGCUGAACAAAAUAAAACCUACAUCUGAGAGGGUAUGAAUAAUUUUGGGCUUAGUUGUAAAUUCUGCACAUUGCAUCACUUUUUUUGACCAAUAUGCUUAUGUAUUGUGUGCACAAAAUAAAACAAAUAGCAUUUAUUACAAAAUAUCUAAAUAUUCUAUAUAAGAGAAUAUAUGCAUCUGAAUGUUUCAGUAGAAUUGGUGUGAUGGUUUCGAUGGAAAAUGUUGCUGAUGCAAUAAUGAUAACAGCUGACUUGUCUGAACUACAACUAAACGCUGAUUUUUGUUGUUUUUAACUGAGACUCUUGCUGUUUCUAUAUUUAAGACCUAAUAAAGCACUGAGUUUGAUGUGA